CAUCUUGGUUAAGUCAACAGGGCUUUGGAGUACUUGACUUUCAGUUUUAUUUUUGCUGCAGCAUGUGAUUUUUUUGCAGCGUGUGUGUGUGUGUGUGUGUGUGUGUGUGUGUGUGUGUGUGUGUGUGUGUGUGUGGUGGAUGUGGGUUGGCUUAUAAAAAGAGGAGCAAAGGAAGCCAGAGGUAGGAAAGCAGAGUGGAGCCCGAGGCAGCCUAGAACUGUGCUUGCAGCUGUGGUGUGGGAACCAGAUUCUUCUAGCUUGGCACGUGGCUAUGGCCAGACCAGAAAUGAUGGCUCCCAUUUGCCUGGUGGAAAACUUCAAGGAGCAGCUGUCUGUGAACCAGAAAGCCAUCGAGAUCCUGGACACGAUUUCUCAGCCAGUGGUAGUCGUGGCUAUUGUUGGAUUGUAUCGGACAGGGAAGUCCUACCUGAUGAACCGUCUGGCAGGACAGAAUCACGACCACAGGGCCAGUCCAGAUAGACUCCUGAGGAGUGCUCUCCUCAGCCCUCUGCCCUCAUGUGUCUUCCAGGGUGACCCUAAGAAUGACUCCUGGAUCUUCGCUCUGGCUGUGCUUCUGAGCAGCACCUUCGUCUACAACAGCAUGAACACCAUCAACCACCAGGCCCUGGAGCAGCUGCAUUAUGUCACAGAACUCACCGAGCUGAUCAGGGCAAAGUCUUCCCCAAAUCCUGAUGGAAUAAAGAAUUCUUCAGAGUUUGUGAGUUUCUUUCCAGACUUCAUCUGGACUGUUCGGGAUUUCAUGCUGCGGCUGAAGUUAAAUGGAGAAGACAUCACAGAGGACCAGUACCUGGAGAAUGCACUGAAGUUGAUCCCAGGCAACCAUCCCAGAGUCCAAGCAUCCAAUUUGCCCAGGGAGUGCAUCCGACAUUUCUUUCCUAAAAGGAAGUGUUUUGUCUUUGACCGGCCAACGGAUGACAAAGAACUGUUACAAAAAAUUGAGACUAUCUCAGAAGACCAACUGGAUCCUAAGUUCCAGGAACAAACGAGGGCCUUUGUUUCUUACAUUUUCACUUAUGCAAAGAUCAAGACCCUCAGAGAGGGAAUUAAGGUCACUGGGAAUCGACUGGGGACUUUGGUGACGACCUACGUGGAUGCCAUCAACAGUGGAGCUGUGCCUUGUUUGGAUGACGCGGUGACAACUCUGGCCCAGCGUGAGAACUCAGCAGCUGUGCAGAAGGCAACUGACCACUACAGUGAGCAGAUGGCCCAGCGACUGAGUCUCCCCACAGACACACUCCAGGAGCUGCUGGAUGUGCACACAGCCUGUGAGAAGGAAGCCAUUGCUGUCUUCAUGGAGUAUUCUUUCAAGGACGAAAACCAGCAAUUCCAGAAGAAGCUGCUGGAAUUAAUAGAUGAGAAGAAAAGGAUUUUCAUGUUGAAGAAUGAGGAAGCAUCAGAUAAAUACUGCCAGGAAGAACUGAGUCGACUUUCAAAGCCUUUGGUGGAAAAUAUUUCAAUGUUUUCUGCUCCUGGAGGACACAGGCUCUACAUGGAAAUGAGGGAAAAGAUUGAACGUGACUAUGGGCAGGUGCCCAGGAAAGGGGUGAAGGCAAGUGAAGUCAUCCAGAGCUUUCUACAGUCACAGGCCACCAUCGAGAGUUCCAUCCUGCAGGCAGAUACAGCUCUCACUGCCGGGGAGAAGGCCAUUGCAGAGGAGCGGGCCCAGAAGGAGGCGGCUGAGAAGGAACAGGAGCUGCUAAGACAGAAGCAGAAGGAGCAGCAGCAACUGAUGGAGGCUCAGGAGAGAAGUCACAAGGAAAACCUAGAGCAACUGAGAACGAAGCUGGUGCAGGAGAGAGAGCAGCUCAUCAAAGACCACAAGACGAUGCUGGACAAGCAGCUGCAGAAUCAGAAGGCUUUGCUUGAAGAAGGAUUUAAGAAGAAAGCUGAGGCAAUGAAUGGAGAAAUACAGCGAUUGAGACAUAACGUCGAGGAUAUGAAAAAAAACAGUGGUUCCGUUUUUGAAAAAAUUCUAGGAGGAUUUGCUACAGUGAUUUCUGCUCCUGCUUUAUUGAUUUCAGAGGCUGUAAGAGGCAUUGCUUCACUAUUUAAAUAGAAUUCACUCUUCUUUUGAUGAAAUGAUAGAUUGUGAAUAUCUACUUUGUCUUUUUGUUUUGAAGCUUCGUGUUUUCAUUUUCAUUCAGCAAAUUUAAACAUAAAAAGUGCUUAUUAGAGGACAUCUAUACCUGCACCACAGUAGACAGAACAUAUGUAUACAUGUUUGCACAGACAAUGUUUGCUUUUAGGGAAUAAAUUUUUGAAACCAUUCAUAUGUAAGCUAUGUAAUUAGUCAUUAUACAUGGUGGCAGUUACUGUUGGUCAACUUGACUGGAUAUAGAAUCAUCCAGGGGACAAGCUCUUCUGCAUCCUGUGAGGACUAUCUCAGCUAGGUUAGUUUGUGGGGGAUCACAAGCUCUUCUGCACCCUAUGAGGACCAUCGACACCAGGUUAUCUUGUGGGGGAUCACAAUCUCUUCUGUACCCUAUGAGGACCAUCUCAACUGGGUUAGCUUGUGGGGGAUCAUCUCAAGUUGCUAUGGUAGGGAACCCAUCUGAAGUGUGGGCACCACUGUUCCUGUGGCCUGGGGACCUAGUUAAAAGGUGAGAGAAAGCUGGGCACUAACGUUCAUUUCUUGUGGCUUCCUGACUGUGGAUGUCCUGUGAUCAGCCAGCCUCCACUUCUUUCAGCAUGCCUUCUCCAACAUGCUCAAUGUGUCAUCUGGAACCAUGAACCAGAACAAACCAUUUCUUUCUAAUCUUGCUUUUGUUGGGGUGUUUUGUCACAACAAGAAGAAAAGUCAUUGAUAUUGUCAUAAUGGUGAUACAUUAGGAAACUACUUAAACAUCGUUGAAUCAGAUUGAUAACUAAUUUUAAUAUGUCUGGAUCCUAGAUUACUAUAUAGUCAAGAAACAAAUGUCAGUCAAGCUUUCUGUAUACUAAUGUAAACUGAGCUUAAAGAUUCCUUAUAAAAUAAAGUGAAAACACCAUGUAAUAGUGUGCUUAUUAUUAAAAAUGCUA